AUUGGAACGCACUCCAAGUCUCGAAUCUUCUACUCUUCUGCUUAACAAGUCCUCCAUUUCUUUGCAAAAUAAAAAUAUUACGAAUAUUUUUUAUCUCUCUUCUGUAUAUUUGUGCCGAUCUUUAAGAGUUUACUGGUUGGAUGGCAAGUGAAACUUGGGAAUCAAUGAGCAGCCCAUCUCAAAGUUCGUCUAGCUCAAGUGAUGGCAUGAAUGAUGCUGGCAAUUUUGAGUGCAAUAUCUGCUUUGAAUUAGCUCAAGACCCAAUUGUUACUCUUUGCGGUCACCUCUACUGUUGGCCGUGUCUAUCUAGAUGGCUCCGUCUUCAUUCGCAUUCCCAAGAAUGCCCAGUGUGUAAGGCCCUAAUACAGGAAGAGAAAUUGGUUCCUUUGUAUGGAAGAGGGAAGACACCAACUGAUCCAAGGUCAAAACUGAUUCCUGGUGUUGAAAUUCCAAGUCGGCCAGCAGGCCAAAGACCUGAAACCGCCCCUCCUCCUCCUCCGGAUGUAAACAACUUUGCCAAUGUUGGGUUCGGAUUUAUGGGGGGAUUCAUGCCGAUGGCAACUGCGAGAUUUGGUAAUGUCGCAAUGUCUGCUGGUUUUGGUGGAUUAUUUCCAUCUUUAUUCAAUAUUCAGGUUCAUGGUUUCCCAGAUGCUACUGUGUAUGGUACAACAUCGGGAUUCCCCCAUGGGUUUUCCAAUGCAUUUAACGGGGUCCAUGUUCAUCGCACUCCGCAGACAGGUCGAGGGCAGCAGAUAGAUUUUUCUCUGAAGAUGCUUUUUUUGAUCAUUGGUAUUGUUACAGUCCUUUCACUGAUUUUGUCAUAAAUGUAUUUUCCUCAAGCUUAGACUGCUAAUGGUUUGCUAGGUUUGAUAUUGUUGCAUGCCUUUAAAUUUUUUUUUUACAAUAAUGUAUUGUGCUCGAGAAAUUUGUGUAUAUGAUACUUUGGCGAUGCUCUUACUUUGUGCAAUCCGAAUGUGGAUUGCACAUCCAUGUUUUCCAUAUGUGAUAUGUGAAAUCUCCCUCUCCCUCUCCC